GUUUGGUUUUUUAUCUCUCCGUCUCCCACACACACAUGCACGCUCACGCCAUCGGUAGGGACAGGCUCCGAGUGUGUGUUGUUUUUUGUUGUUGUGUUCUUGCCUGCGUGUGUGUUUCUUGUUUCUUUUUACUCCUGUUGUUCGCUUCUCCCUCGCCCGUGAUCGCUCGGCAAGGCAAGUGAGCAGCAGCAGCAGCGCCCUGUGCAGUGCCAGUGGAGAGCAUUUGUAUAGGAGUUGCACAGCGCGUCGGACGCACCAGUCGGAGAGACACACCAGCGCACCUACCUGCAGGCAGCUAAAGGAGGACUCGGCACACACAUAGUGAACGCAUCGUCGUGUUCCGCCGCGACCCAAGCGAGAGCGUCGUUACGCGCGUGUGUGUUGUGUAGCCCCGCAGUAGUGCCUUCCAAGCGGUGGGAUUGGCCAGACCGUGUUCGAAACGUCUUCCAGAAAGAUUGUGCGAAAAACGCGUCGAGUGUGAAUUUGCGGAGAAGCUCAAAAACAAAAAUCACGAUCCAACGAAUCAACCCCAGAUCGAUCAUCGAACAAACGAACGUAAACAAUCCUUGCGACAGCUAGAAAGUGUGUGACGCGAGUGUGCAAAGUGUGUGUGCGUGCGAGUUUAUAUGCAAGUGAAGACGAAAAUCUGACCCUCCGACACCUUUGAAAGGGCCGCGCCAGGGGAAAAAGUGUUAAUCGUGCAUUGCAUCAGCGCUCGGAAACGCACGGCCCACUAAUAAACAUCAAUUUAAGCGGGUGCAACAGUCGCGCCGUGCAUGUGUGCAAUAGCAACAAUUGACAGCAAUUGAAAGUGGCUUGCAGGGCGCAUCGAGGCGUGUGUGCGGAUAAGCCCUUUCCCGAGACCGGCCCGCUACCGAUGAAGAUGAUCAUUUUGUCGAUCUUUCUCGAGAGUCCCGAUUGAUACCAGUGUGUGUGUGUUUGUGUUCGUGUACCCGUGUACUGAUCAGUACUGAAAGAGCGCACCUGUCCACUUGCCAAUUCUUACACUGCCCAUAUAGCACCAAAGUGACCAAAAAGUGUUCCAAACAGUGUGUUCACACGUAACGUUUAAGUGAUUGUAGACAGAGCAGAGGGCGAGGCAGACGACGGAAACCGUAAACAAAAUCUCAGGAGCAUUUCUGCUUGUGUGCGUUUGUGUGAUAGUUUGGUUUUGUGAUGGCCAAACCAUUUUCGCUACCCGAACCCGGCCCGGGCGGAGGAUCGUCCUCGUCUGGCGCGGGUCCGCCCGCCAACAACGUGUCUUCCAACUCGAACGCGGCUGCUGGCGGUACCGCUCCCAGCACUCCCGCCCUCCCGAACGGUUCGGGCAGUGGGGCGAGCCAUCCGGCCAGUCCGGCCGGUCCGCUCGGGCAUCCACCGUCCGCUCCGAUCCCGAUGCCCGUGCCCACCUCUCCCCAGCAGUACCAUCUGCAGCAGCUGCACCACCAUCACCAGCAGCUGCAGCAGCACUACCAGGCGUACCAGGGCCCGCACGGCACGCUGAUGGCCGCACCGCCCGGGUCGUCGGUCGCCAUGCCGGUGGAUCCGCAUCUGAUGCUGCCGAUGACACCGCCGCCGAGCGGGUUCGCCACCACCGUCCAGACACCGCAGAUUCCACCGGUGAACGAGCAGCUGGUGCAGGCCCUGUACGAGGCCAUCUAUCGCUGUUCGCUUGGAGAUGUCCCAACAACGCCGCUGUCCCAGUCACCGCCGAGCGCUUCCUGCAGUCCGUUUGCGAACGGUAACUUCUUCGGCUCGGGACAGGUGUUCUUCCCCCGCACUCCGGCCAAUACCGCCAACGGGCGUAAUGGUGCGCGAGUGUUCUUCCAGCAGACACCGAACCCGGGCCCGCAGUACACUCCGGUGGGCAACUCCCAGUCGCAGCAACAGCCACCGCCCGGGUCCGCCAACAGUCAUUCCAGCAGCAGUGGAGUAAGCAGCUCCGUCGAUACGCCAUCGUGCUCGUCCGGCACGCCCCACUAUCAUCAAGGGCAGCUUCAGCCGAUCCAGUUCAACUGGCACGACGACGGAGAUUCGAGCGAGUCCGAAGCGUCCACAUCGCAGGCCACUUCCUCGUCCGGCUGCAGUCCGCACUGUCUCGGGAUGGAUGGCAGUGGACCGAGCAGCUCGUUCAGUACGCCAUCUUCGUCCACCGUCAUGAGUCCGUCCUCGUCCGGUGGUACGCUCUAUGCUGCCGUGCCGCCCCAUCUCGACUACAUGGCCGGCCGGGAGCAGCUGCAGGAGUUCCCGGGCAAGAUCCCGCAGCGUAAACGCAAAUCGCGCACACCAAAGCCGAAGAAACCGGGAUUUCUGGAGCAACCAUUAAUGUGGCAGAUGGCGGUUACCGCGGCGCUCAUUGUGCUCGGCUGUGGAUAUCUGGCGGCAAGGUGAACCGACGGCAGCAAACGCUUGUCCCAAGUUAGCUCACAGAGCCGUUGGACAAGACAAACCAGCAAGGGACGAACCAGGACCCUUAACACCACACCAUAUCCCCAUCCCAUCCCCGACUGGAGCGCUGGAUUUCUGGAAUUUCUGGAAGCAAAAGUGUCAUUUCUGUGUGCCGAAAGAUGUGUCCCAGGCUGAGCGAAGAAAGAGAAAAGCAAAAACUCGUUGGUUUAGAACUUACACCGUGAUACAAAAAAAGAUAUAAGAAUAACGAAGCGCAAAUCGAAGAAUCAGUGUGUGGAGGAAGCGAAAGGAAAACGGAAAAAAACUCAUAUUGGUCUCAACUUGCAAACGUGCGAGUAAUUUCACCAAAUAGCGUUAGGGAACAGUUUCUCUCCUGUGCGAUAAGUGCCACACUUUUCCAAAUGUGUCUGUUUCACACGCAAGAUCCGAAGAACUCGGCAAAGUAAGAGGAAAGCGAAGCUUGAAAAGACCCAACCCGGACUAUAUGUUUGACAUUCUCUGUACAUCCCGAUCUCGAGCCUCGAGUGCAGUCGAUCGAUCGAAGACGAUCCUUUACGCGUUCAUUGUUGCAUUUUAAAGCUGUUUGCCUUUUUUUGUUUACAAGCACCGUGCGAUAGGACAGGACACUCAACUUUUCUACCCCGCAUAAGGGAUCUUACGAAGGAGCAGAAACACUUACCAGCUGAUUUACAGCUUACCAGGAUAGCGUUAGGCAAUUUCUAUUUUCGGGAACUAGUGCAUAGCGAACCAUAAGUAAGGUGGCGGCAAACCGACGAUGUGUAGUGUGUAAUAUUAAAGUUAAGACCGUGUUGCGUGUAAGCUUAGUAGCAGUAUUACAGACAGACGAAGGACGCGCCCCAGGGCCGUUGAGCUUUUUAAAAAAAUGAUGUUUUAUCCCAGAUUUCGUGCAACGAUGCAUUUCAAACUACGCGCGUUUCGGUAGCGCUUAAGGAACGUGGUGCGCAGCCAUCGAGUUUCGUUUUAACACUUUCCUUUUAACCCAUUAACAUUACGUUCGAUCUCUUUGUUGUACAUGUUUAUACCUCCCUCGGAACGAAAGCUUUUCCUCAAAGUUAAUCAAAUCUGUUUCUCUCUUUCCAUUUCUGCCAUUUUGCAACCACCCGAAAAGCGAGUGUGGGUUAGGUUUAGAAGUAGGAAAUGCUUGUGUUGUAUCUCAGCCGGGGAGUAUAUACUUGUAUCCAGUAUCAAUUUUUUAGCUUGAUUCAAAUGAUGAUCUUCACGUAGAAUAUAGAAUGAUUUUACCGGCGUUUUUACAACGAUCUAGCUAAAGUUAUUUUAACGUUUAUUUCCACCCUUACAUGGGAUUUCGUCUGAUUCAACUGAGCUGUAAAACACACCACAACGGUUUAUCAAAUCGAAAGCCAUACAAUUUAGGCUCCAUAGUCCAGGGCAUCGUGUUGCAGUCAUCGGAAUGACUCACAAGAAAUUGUAGAAGUGUCCUGCGGACUUGAGAUAAAUCGGAAAACCAUGUAAGACAGCAUUUGCCAUUGGGAGAGUUGAAUCGAAAUGAAACAAGGUAGCAGAAGCAAUAAUGGUUUACCAGGUAUCCAUUGAAUAGGCAGCAGCAUUUUUCAGUGUAUUUAGCAAAGGAGAGGAUGAUUACUGUGCGUUUAAUGAGGAAAGGUAAAAACGCACUGAAGAAUAUAUCUUCCUCAAACCAUCUUGUACAUGAAGACAUCGCCCACCGGAAGGCGAUAAAUCGUGAAGCAACAGUGCCAACGCGUGAGGACGUGAGAGAAAAGCAUGCAGCAGCAUUCAGCUGCUGUCGAUAGAAAUUUAGCAUAAUUUGGUACAAUUAAGUGCUUUUGGAUCAAUUCGCCCGAUGCAUGGCCACAACUCCAUGUGCCUUCAGGAAUGUUGAUGUCUCUGUUCUUUUUUUAUAUCUUACAUUUAAGGCAUUCUAUAAGCUAAGUGUGAUUCGAAAGACAGUGAGAGGGUGAAUAGCUACAAGAUAUGAAGCGCUCGAAGUAUAGUUAAAUUCGUUACAAGGAGGAAUGUUACUGUUGUAAUUCGUUAUCAGACACAGCAAUCAAAUCAAAAAGCCCGUAGCGCAAAAUGUGAAGAGAGAGAGAGAGAAGAAAGCUGCAGCUCACAGUGUGAGCUUAUCUGGGCUGCUUAUGAGAACGAAGAGGAAACCAAUCCUUUAUUCCAAAUAUUUGCAAAAAAAGAAAUUGUCACUGUGUUAGGUGCCCAAAGAUUUUUACUUUUGUUUCGCCGAUAAUUGCUAAAGUGUUUCUCCUUUCCUUCCAUCUUGUCUGUACAACAAGCGCCUUAACGUGCCUUCAAUUCUUAUGUUCAAUGCACCUUUUCAUUCUGUUUGUAUUCCGCUACUACCGUAUGCAAUAGAUGGGGAGACAAAACUAGCAAACUAAAGAUGAUGAUGUUGUUACAUGGGCGGAAAACAAAGACAGGAUUGAUCUCAGUAUCGGCACUCGAAUCAGUUUGUUUGUAUAUCGGUUUACCGAGCUCGUUUGAGUAAGAAUAAUUUGGCGCAAUGCAUUUUGUUUACGCGAGGAUACCGAAUCCAUCAUCCAAAACACGCAACGCACAGCAUGUGGCAAUGAGAAGAAAAUUUAAAUUAGUAAGCAAAGCAUACGGCAAACGAAUACUAGAGGUAGACGGGUUCGUUCGAAACGGAACCGUUGUCGGUGAUUAUUAAAUAAUUUACCUCUGGGGAACGCUUUUCCGAACGCAUUUGGCUUCUCCCAGGAAGAACGCAACAUUUUGAAGCGAUAGAUACGCAGGCCUUAAAAAAACCCGCCCCGCUUGAACUACUUCGAGGUGAGAAGUAGGUAAUUUGUGUUUUUAGCUAAGGUUAGCUUAGCUUUCGACGAUCGGAACAUACAUGUGUGUUGAACAGGUUUGCAGAUAGAGUGCAUUCUGGAAACACGUGCAGUAGUAGCAUCGGCGGUACUGAUACGGCCACCCCAAAACCGGGGAUCUGUCGUUGAUUGGAGUGUUUAAUUCUUUUUGAUGUUGUGCUUUUGGCGUACGGAAGGGGCUGUGAUGUAGAUGUUUGAUCUCAUUUUAUUAUUUUUGUUUGCAGAAGAAGGGAAGAGCUUAUCGGAAGAGGAUUUAUAAAAGAAGGAACGAGUAAAAUUUCAUCGAAUAAGGUUUCUAGGGAAGUAAAAAAGCAUAUAUGAAUCAGGCGUUUCAAGCUCCAGCGAACGUUGUACUGAAGAGGAAACUUUGUGAAAGACACUACCGCACCUCACCACGAUCAUUCUAGCGAUGCUACUAGAGAUGACUCAAAAGAUAGCCACGAUGAUUUUUGACGAUAUUUUUCUUCUAUUUAGCAAUUCUUUUGGUUCUAAAACUGAGACCUUAUGACAUUUUUUUGCUGCAAAAAUGUUGCCAAAAAUGAUCGUGGGAGAUCUAGAGGGGCCGGUUCAGAAACCACCUGCGACAGAGAAGGAACGUCAAACGGAGCUCAGAUGCGCAACGCUGCUAGGCAUUUUACAUUUCUUACGUAUAUAUGUAUUUUUUUUGUUUUAUUUGUUUCAUUUUUAAGACAUUACAUGAUAGAACCUUUUCAGAACAUAUCGAACAUGCCGAUUUGUGCAUUUUUAGUAGUAUAGAUAAAGUGCUUUUUCGUGCGUCGGUCAGUUAUCUGGAUCGAGGCAUCUGUUGUUGGCUGAUGGCGGUGUAGUAAAACCCCGAGCAAACGCGACGGGAACUUCGAUUAGAACAAUAUGUACCGAUAAAUACGCAUUGUCACGCAUUAUAUAGUUGUUGGAAACUGUAUCUCUCUUGUAUGAUCGCCAAUAAACAUGAGAUAAAGCAAAAGUA